AAUUCAAAUCUAGCCUUCUCUCUUUUUUCUUCUCUUCUUUUUUGCUAGUACUUUUUGCAUCCAACUAGGUGUAAAAGAACGGAAAACAAGAAACAAAAUUGUGAACAUAAAAUUGCAUGUGACUGCAAUGUUUCAAUGCUUGAAUAGAUAUAGAUAUACAAAUGAUACAUGAAAGUGAUAAUCUGAGUGCAUUUCCAUCCCAUUUCCAUGUCAAGUUGUAGCAAGAGAUGCUUAAUGCUAUUAGACAAGUGCAAGAACAUGAAGCACCUCAAGCAAGCCCAUGCACAAGUAUUCACCACUGGCCUUCACAACAACACCUUUGCUCUUAGCAGGGUUUUGGCUUUCUGUUCAAACCCACAUAAGGGAAGCCUCACCUAUGCAUUAAGAGUCUUUGAAUGCAUUCAUCAUCCCACAGUUUGCAUAUGCAACACCAUAAUCAAAGCUUUCCUCCUCAAUGGCAAGCUCUAUAGCACCCUUCCUGUGCUCACCUACAUGCUGCACAUUGGCUUGAGCCCUGAUAACUAUACCAUCCCUUACGUGUUGAAGGCUUGUGCAUUGCUUCAAAGUUGUUCUUUGGGGAAAAUGAUUCAUGGGUAUGGUUCAAAAUUGGGUCUUGUGUUUGAUAUCUUUGUGGGUAAUAGUUUGAUGGCAAUGUACUGUGUGUUUGGUGAUGUGGUAGCCGCAAGACAGGUGUUUGAUGAAAUUCCUACCCUGAGUGCAGUGUCUUGGACUGUGAUGAUCUCGGGAUAUGCAAAGGUGGGUGAUGUUGAUUCCGCUAGGUUGUUCUUUGAUGAAGCACCUGAGAAGGAUAGGGGAAUAUGGGGUGCCAUGAUUUCUGGGUAUGUGCAGAAUAAUUGCUUCAAGGAAGGUCUUUAUUUGUUUCGUUUGUUGCAGUUGAGAGAUGUAGUGUCUGAUGAGUCUAUAUUUGUGAGCAUUCUUUCUGCUUGUGCUCAUUUGGGGGCUUUGGAUAUAGGCAUUUGGAUCCAUAGAUAUUUGAAUCGAGCAAGGGUACCAUUGAGCAUUCGUUUGAGUACUAGUUUGUUAGACAUGUAUGCUAAAUGUGGGAAUUUGGACUUGGCUAAGAGGCUAUUUGAUUCAAUCCAAGAGAAAGACAUUGUAUGCUGGAAUGCUAUGAUUUCUGGUGUGGCUAUGCAUGGAGAUGGAACAAAUGCACUCAAGCUGUUUUCAGAUAUGGAAAAGAUUGGGACAAAGCCUGAUGAUAUAACAUUCAUAUCUGUUUUUACUGCUUGUAGUUAUUCAGGAAUGGCAUAUGAAGGUCUGAAGUUGUUAGAAAAAAUGUGUAGUGUGUACAGAAUUGUGCCUAAGAGUGAACAUUAUGGUUGUCUAGUUGACUUACUAAGCAGAUUCGGGUUAUUCGAGGAAGCUAUGGUUGUGAUUAGAAGAAUAACAAAUUCAUGGAAUGGCUCUGAAGAGACAUUGGCUUGGAGAGCAUUUCUGAGUGCAUGUUGUAGUCAUGGACAAACUCAACUGGCUGAACUUGCAGCUGAAAGACUAUUACAGUUAGAUAAUCAUAGUGGAGUCUAUGUUUUGCUUUCUAAUUUAUAUGCAGCAUCAGGGAAACAUAGUGAUGCCAGAAGGGUAAGGGAUAUGAUGAAAAACAAAGGGGUAGACAAGGCACCAGGUUGCAGCUCAGUGGAGAUUGAUGGGGUUGUAAGUGAGUUCAUUGCUGGUGAAGAAACGCAUCCACACAUGGAAGAAAUACACUCAGUUUUGGAGAAAAUGCAUAUGCAGUUAGAGAAUUAUUAGAUAAAUUUGGCUUCCACCAACUUCCUUUAGUUGAAGUACUAAUUUGCUGCAGUAAAAAAGAAAGGUGUUGUUAGUGCAGUAAAAGGUGUUGAUGGAGUACCACAUACAUGUAAACCCAAUAAAGCCUUAUACUCUUGUGCACCUUUAGAGUUACUGACACUUCACAUUUUGAACUAAAUAUAAUUUGUACAAAUCCUGAAGCAUAACUACAUACAUUUGACUGCACCAAUAAUACCCUUUUCUGCAACUUAAUCCACAUCCUUAGUUUGCAACAUCCUGUCUAGUAGUCCAUCAACAGUGUUUAUUUAAAAGGAACAUCCAAAACGUCGUUUAGUGCAGGGAACCAGACACAUCAAACUUGACAUUUGAAAAUUAAAUACACAUUAAGAACAAAAACGAUAAAGAAAUAAAUUAAUCUGUAAUUAAUAGAUUCAUUAUACUUCUGAAGUUAAAUUCAAUAUAUGCCCAUCGUUAGCCUUAUGUUUUCAAUUUGAAUUUAUAUUAAGACCCGUUUAUAAUUAUAAAUUUACCAAUACUAUUUUUAAAAUAACUUUCCUUUAAAAAUAAGAAUGUGUUUGUUUACGAAUUUUUUUUCUUAAGAAAACCAUUGUUAAAAUGUUUUACAUGUUUGAAUAAACUUCUCAAAAUAAUUAACGUUUGAUUGAUGUUAGAUUUUAGAUUAGUUUAAAAAUUAUAACAAAUAGUUUCUGAAAAAAAAAUAUAAGGAGCAAAUCUCUUUCUUUUAAACGUGAGUUAAUCUAAUUUUUCCCCCCUCUCCUCUCCUUAAUCAAUCAGACCGUAAAAGGAGCAAAUCUCUUUCUUUUAAGGAACCGCGACAGAGAUUCAUAUUUUAUUUUGUGCACAAUAUUAUUACCUUUAACCCAAAAAAACAAGGUAAAAUAAUUUCUCUAAUUUUUGAGGUUGACAUCAAGACUCCAAAACUAUCUACAAUACAAGUAACUUCUUAGAGACGUGGAAAGCUCUUAAUAGUAAACUUAAAACGAUUGUUUAUUCGUGAAGGCAAGAUAGAUUGGACAAAAUUGCAUUUCCUAUUUGGCUAUUUCAUUGAGAAAAUUAAGGGAACUAUUGUUUCAAUAAUUAUACACGUACACUUCUUGAAUAAAAAAUAAAUAUUUUGAGCUUUAUUAAACAAGGAAGUCUGCAUCAGAAACUUCAAGCACUUUAUGCAAACCAAUGGGCUUGACACCAGGCCUGAAUGCAUUUCCCUCGAUGUACCUGCCCAAAGCAUAUGAUUACUCAAUACUCAGUUCAAUAAAGCAAGGUAAUACGGGUGAUUUGCUCAACUUUGUUGGAAACUCACAUUUCUUUCAAAAAUUGAUGCUUGUAAAAGGGUUCAGGAAUUCUCCCCGAAAACUGAUUGUGAUCCAAGUACCUGAAAUAAAAUCCAUAAAACUUGAUAAUGGUUAACAUUUCAAGCAAAGAUACCAAUCAUAUUUCUUUGCUAAUAUCUAAGGAAUUAUUUGUCAAUUUAACUAGCAGAUGGCUAGGAAAUCAUAGCAGAUUCCCACCUCCAUCUUCCUUAUGACAAUAGGCCAAAUGUAUAUAGUAUCGAAGCUCAUAACAGCACACUGAGACCAUACAUUUUCAGUGAUGAAUUAAUAAAUGACAGCAAGUAAAACGUAUUAAUAGUUCAUAUAAAUUACAGAAUUCAAUGGCUAAAAGUCAG